UCAUUAGAGACCGGGUGCCAAGAAACAACAAGGCAAUUAGGGAAAAGUGUGUUUAAAGGCAAAAGUAAGAAAAGAGUCAGAGAGAAACUCAAACAAUCUGAUUCUUUUUUAAUAAGCUAGAGCUCACUUAUUUUUCAGCUCUUUAUCCUCCUUGUUCCGUACGGAUUCUCCUUUCUCGAUCAUCCCCUUCUUCCUCCCGUUUUCCUCUCUGACAGACAGUGCCACCAUGGAAACUGGAAGCCCUAGGAAGAUACAGUUCACCGUCCCUCUACUGGACACCCACUUGGACCCAGAGGCAGCUGAACAGAUCAGAAGACGAAGACCCACGCCUGCCACUUUAGUGGCAUCCAGUGAUCAAUCAUCACCAGAAAUUGAUGAAGAUCGUCUCCCAAAUCAGCUGUACAAGGCAGCCUUGUUGAACUCCCCUCGGCAACGGCGAAAAGGGCAAAAGGGAACGCCUACGAUGAAAGAGCUACAGUUCCUGGUAGAGCACCACCUGUACAGGCAGCAGCAGGGAGCUGGGGACGAAUGCUCCUCAGAGAGCUGCCUGUCAGACCGGCCCAGCCCCGACUCUGUGCCCACGGGAGAGGAGCUCCCACACGACGAUGAGGCCACUGCAGAGGCCUUUGAGAAACUGCGUUGCCAAAUGGAGGAGUUCUCGAGGGAGAGUCUAUUAGAAGCUGCCGGUGGGCUCGAGUGUCCCCUCUCCAAGGAGAAGGAGGAUUGUUCCAGUGUUGCCAGUGUAGCAGAUCCCUCAUCGCAACAAAACAAUGCACAAGCAGAAACAAAAGCAGGAGUGAGUCAGCCGGCAGAGGAGAAGACAAAGAAAUGCAGCCUGAAGACAGAGAAAUAGAGCCGUCCUCUGUGCAACACAAUGCUGCUCAGUCUGCUCAGUCAGCCCUACACAAUGACAGAAGAUUGUGUCUGCAGAUUCUCUUUUUCAAAACAUCAGGGCUUCUAUAUUCCUCUACGGCCAGGCCUUAGUUACCACCUUGAGAACAAAAACAAAAGUUUCUACAUUUAUUUUGUGUCACAACUCUUGUGUAGAGGGACAGUUCGAUAAUUAUAUUUGUUUUUGUUAAAGCUCCCCCUGCACUAAAUUAAAACUAGCCUAUCGUUUCCCCCAACUGGGAUUUAUUAUCUGGUUUACGGGACAAGCUUUCGUAAUGUCUUACUCACACACACAUUAUCAUAAUCUGUCACAAGUUUAACAUCCCGUUGCAUUAUCAAAGACAAUGAAUAUUUUAUUUGUAAUCAGUUUAGACAUUUUCAAUCACUUUAUACGUGCCAUGAAUUCAACAUUUAUUGUUCCAUGUCAUAGCAAUAAAAUAGCAUCAGAACCUGGUAAGUAACCAGAGACAAAACCAUCAAUUUAAAUUCAAAUGCCGUCUCUUAUGAGCAAUCAGUAAAGGCAGAAUGUGGGUUUAUUGAUAUUUUAUAUUAAACAUAUAUUUGGAUUUUUGAACAACUCGGUUGAUAUUUACAAAUAUUUUUAAGACCAACUGCAAUUUUUUUUUUUUACAUUAUUGAUAAUUAGUCGAUUAAACACAUGGAAGAAACUAGAAAGCUAUUUUUGAUCAUAAUUAUGAUUUCCUUUGGGUCCAGUGGGUCUCAAACUGUGUGUCGAGCCUCCCUGGUGGGGCAGACAAGCACUGUGUGUGGGUGGCUGUGAUUACCAAAGUUAUAAAAUAAGGUGAAACUAAACUGACUGAAAAAUGUAAAAAGAGGCUGAUGAUGGUAUGCUGUUGAUCUGUAUUUUGUUGAGCUGUCAUCCUUGCUCGACUUUUGAAGGCGGGCGUGCCAGAAAAAGUUUGGUAACCACAGCCUUGAACUGUGUCUACACAGAGCACAUUUCAGACCUUCUCUUCAGACAUUUGUCCCACAUAUGUCUGACAGAAGAGUCGCUCAUACCUUAAUCACACUGGGCAUUAAAUGAAAUUCAAUCCAUAGAAGUGUAUUUUCAUGCUUUAAGUCUAUUUUCAUACAUUCUGCGCUCACAGUUGCAGUGAUUGUGUCCAGCAAGGCUUUGAAAGCUUCCAAAAUGACCUCAAAGACAAUACUUUUACACACACAGAGCUCUGUGUAGAUGCAGCUUCAUGCUCUGCAGUUCUAAACAGACAAGAUGUAUAAUGUCAUUUCUUGGAAACAUUUUAAACCUGAUCAUUUCUAGAUGAAAUGAUUCACGAAUAAUCCCAGAAAACACAAUUAUUUUCAGCUUUAACAGCAUCCCAAGCCUGCAGUUGUUGACUCUGUAAGCAGCGUUGCAAAAUGUAAAAAAAAAUCCAGUCAGGAACCAGUCCAGCCAUCAGAAAAGUAGACUAAUUAUACUGUAACAGCUGUCAUUCUGGUUUUGUUUUCAUUUUUCAGAAUAGAGAAUUAGUGCCGAUACAAAUAGGAAGGCACUGCUUGUUGAAUGAGAGAAAACAGAAAACCCAACCUGCUAGCUAAAGUGCAGCACAUUAAACCACAUCUAACUACUGGACUGACUCUGACUCUGGUGUAGUCCCCUGGCUAUGCUUCAGGACCACUGCUAACGAUUGCUUGUAGCUUAAAGGCUACAGGGCAGAUAUGUUUGUUGUUUGUGUGGCUAAGAUUCAAACUCCUGUCAGUCAGUCACACACAUGCAGACAGCUGAAGAGAAGCAUUUCUGACGUUUCCCCAAAAUAAUUUUAGUUCUUUUUAGCAUAAAAGGAGGGAGAAAGCCUGUCUUUAAGUCUUUAAACCCUGUGUGAGCAAUUGUUACUCAAUAAGAAGUAGAAAGCUACGUCAGUUUACAGUAAUGCAUGUACUGAUAACUAGACUAUUACCCUUCUUGUAAAUGUCUAGUUGAUAAACAGGGUACAAGCGAUCGUCUCUAAAGCUCCAUUUCCAUAUUUAGGAUUAACAAGGAGGAAUCCAUCCCCAGUGAGUAAAUUGCACCCUCAUUUUUGACACAUGAAUGCUUCUUGGGAAUUUAAAUUCUGGUCAUGAAACACCUUCUUGCAUGGCACUGAAUGUACAGUGACUUGUUGUCUACGCCCAAGGUACUUACUGUGCUUCAUUUUGUACAAAAACAACAAAUUUAAACACUUUUUUUUAAAACUGCUGCAUUUUAUUUGAAUUCUAGUUUGUAACAAAGACAUCAUAAAGUCAUCAGCACACUAAAUAUUUGUCAUGUAAUCUGUCGUUUGUAUCACUGAAGUGGCAUUAUGUGACAAUCUUUCUAUAACCUUCACAUCAUACUUGACAUGUCUAAAAGAAAUAAAUGAACAAAACUAGAUCUGAAGUUUCGGUGUCACUUUAGGAGAUUAAUCAGCCACAGCAACAGCUGUUUGUUACUCAGUUGCCAACAAUGGUCACUUUAUCCACGAUGAACAAGAAGAACAGUAAAACAUUCCUCUGCAAGCUUUAUGUUUUUCUUCUGCAAUGUAUUUAUGGGUAAAAUUGUUUUUUGAAUGGUAGUAGUGUACUUUACUUGAAUAACAUGGAUUUUUUCUUUUGUUCUAGUUUUAACUGAUUGAUGAUUACAUCUGUAAUCUAAAUUUGUUUGAUACAAUAAAAUGUUUAAAUUGGUGAUUUGGUUUCUUUUUUUGUAGGAAAGAUUAUAUGAACUUCAUCAACAGUGUCAGUAUGAAGAUGCAAAGAACCAGGAGAGCUUUUCCUAUUCAAGUGUCAAAAAAGGAAGCCAGAUGUAUUUUAGUAGGAAUUCUCAAAGCCUUCACAUAUCGUUGCAUCAUUGGUCAUGCGCUCAGCUAAAGCUGAUUUUAACUUUACUCUAAAAAUAGACGCUCUGCUAUUAAAUAAUUUAAUGCACUCUGAGGCAAGAGCAUAAAAGCACAUAUAUUUUUCAUACAAGGAGAAGAUUUCACAAAUGCAUUUUGCAACACUGCAGUAGUUUAAGCUGCGUGGGAUACUGUAUGUUUAGUUUUGCUGUUAAAGCAUUUCACCUUUGUGACUGGAGGUGGAUGUAGUGAAGGAUCCUUUCAGAAUAAAAGCCCAAUUGCACUUUAACAGUUAGCGAGACUUAAAAAAAAUAUUUUGUGAUGUACAUUUACGCUGUUGCACCUAAAAUUUAGCUGAAUUAUAGAAAGGAUAUCCAUAUCUUAUAGAAUAGUUUUUUCUUUAACACAAGACUCUUUGUGUAACAGUCGUUACUGUCUUGCUGUGUGAUGGAUUUAUAUUCAUUUUAUAUUCAAAGUGGGUGUUGGGAUGGAAGCUCAAAUCAUGCAAAUCACACUGACAAGCAGCAGAGCUGUGUCUUCAGUUGUUGUUGUGGCAUUUAUUCAUUUAAAGACUACCAACUGAUUCAAAUUAGAAAAACAUAUUUUUCCCAUCUGUUGUAAGAAGAAAACCGAUGGUGCAAUUCCAAACUGCUCCACUGACGAGCGUUAAAAUAUGAAGCCCCCUGGGCCAUUGCAGUCUUUGCUCUAUAGCUCCUCUUGCUGGGAGAGCAGAGAACACAAAGGAUGUUUUUUUUGAGGAAACAUUAAUUUUAACUUUGCAUGUUAAAGUCAAAGUGAGAAUCUAACAAAGGAGCAUUUUCAAUUGAAUGCAUGCUUUACCAUCUUUUUGAUAAUCUUGGCUGACCAAACAUCGGUCUCUACUUCUUUAUUAUUUAUUAUUACUACUUAUUCCUUCAAGUAUUUCUCCCUUUUAAAGUCUAAGAGCCUCUUUAGUUCAGUUACAUUAUUAGUUUUUCAUUGAUUAUCAUUAUUUUUGGGGUGCAAUAACCAAGGAACUAUGGUAUGAUUGCUUUCUAAAUAUAAGAUAAUUAAUACAGACCGCAGUGAAUAAUAUCAAAUUUUACCUUCUGCAAUAAAGGCUCUUCAAAGGAGAUUUAAAAUAUUGCUUUUAAGUAAAAAGGUUAACAGUUGUAUGUUUGAAAAAUGCAAAACAUAAUCUAUUUAACUUAAGUUCUUAUAUAGAGUUGUCAUGUCUGGAUUACU